AUGCUAUUAUUUUACCAAUGCACUCCUCAUAAAAGCCCUUGGCUCAGAUUGUCUCGAUCACGUUUUCCAUCUCUUCGAUCUUUCUCUGUACCUCUCUUUUUUCCUGGGAAGGAUCGUUCUCUGCGACGCCGUUUUGAGCUAGGUUUUCUGUGGUUUCGCCUGAGCCAGAACCAAAGCUUAAUGACCAUGUCUGGAAACACUAGUUCCACCGUUUACGUAGGUAAUUUGGAUGAGAGGGUGAGCGAUAGGGUUUUGUAUGAUAUUCUAAUCCAAGCUGGGCGGGUGGUGGAUUUGUACGUUCCUCGAGACAAGGAAACUGAUAGACCCAAAGGAUACGCAUUUGCAGAAUAUGAAACUGAGGAGAUUGCAGAAUAUGCCGUCAAGCUUUUCUCUGGCCUCGUGAUUCUCCACAAUCGGACUUUGAAAUUUGCGAUUUCUGGGCAAGACAAACCAUCUCAAAAUCCUCCCAGUGGAUCCAUGUCUGCGACAAAUUCAUCUAACAGGCCACGGCCAUACCCUGUGCCAAUGAACAAUGUAGAUAUCUCUAAUCAAUCUAUGAGGUUGUCUGCAACAUGCAGGGUUUCAGCGUCUCCUUCCAAUUAUUCCCAAGUGCCAGUUCCCCCUGGUGUAACACACCAUCAUAAUGGAUAUGGGUCACAAUUCAAUGGCAUCAAUUAUAAUAGUGGUCGGAGAGUUUUUGGGUCCACUUUUGAUAGCAUUAGCCGUUCUAGGUCACGUCGCUAUGAUUCGAGUAACCAUACAUCAUACCCCUCUUAUUGAUAGUAUUAAGUUAUUUUAGAUUCAACUCACCUGUGGUUCAGGAAUUCUUGCGUCCUUGUAUAAUCAGUCGAUCAGGUAACUUAAGUGGUGCAGCUGUGAAUAUGUGCAACUUUAGAUGGAGAUGCUCAUGCUAUAUUUACUGUCUAGUGCAUCUGCUAGUUAGACAGUAGUUUCUGCUUUAUUGUUGUAGUCAUUGUUAGCUUGGGGAGCUUUCGAACUUAAAUGGCUUGAACUAUGAUAUGUCAAUGCUAAAGUUCUUGUACUUGACUUUUUUUGCUCAAA